UUUCGCAUAAAUAUAACAGAUUGAAGGUGGUGGCAAUAGUUUAACUAUUGGAAUGGAGACUGGCCGAAGUUUACCUCUGGACUGCUUGAUCGGUGUGUUUUCUCUUCUUCAAGAUGAAGAUUUAAUCAGGGUAUCAACAGUUUGUAAAGAGUGGUACCAUGCUGCAGAGACACCGUGGCUGUGGAGGAGAAUGUGUUUGCAGAGAUGGAGCUUCUGCAACGUUUCCGAACUCCUCUCUGACACGGGAACACACUCAUGGAAAGGGUAUUAUCUGCGUCGUUUUCAUCUGGAGAUGAAAAUGAAAUCAGGCACGUCAUGUGACUACACCUGCAAAAGCCUACGAGGCCAUAAAGGCAAGGUUAUUGGUUUUGCAUACUUAGCUGGAAACAACAGCUGCUCAGACGUUUGGAAGAGUGUGCCAAUUGUCUGUAGUGCAUCCACAGAUGGUACAGUCAAAGCAUGGGACAUUCAAGAGGGUGUAUAUUUGUGGUCAAGUCCUGUUCAAAGCCCCCUGCAAAACAUCAUAGUUGAUCCUGUUCAGUAUGUUGUUGUCACGUCGGACAGCACAGGAACAAUCAAAACAUGGAAUGGUUCAACUGGAGAGGAGGUGGCCUCAUUUGAAACGGGUCUCUCCAAAAUCACAUUACUGCUGUUUAAUGACAAAAGCAGCGCUUUCCUCAUGGUGGGCAGUAUCCAAGGUCUCCUUGUCUUGACUUGUCCUGCACUGUCAGAGGUUUCGAGGCACCCAAUCUUCGACUCAUUUUGGGCAAACCUACUUCUUUCAUCCCCAGAUAAAAAAUGGAUACUUGCUACCUCCAAAGAAAAUAAUGACCUGAGCCCAAAGGUUUUCUACAGUGAAACUCUGCGCAACCCUGUUGAAAAUGAGGAAAGUCUAUGUCAGAGUCUGCCAGUCACUGGCUGCUGUGCUGCUGUAUUCCUCCCGUCCCUAAAUGCACGAGUCGCAGUGAUCCAUACAGACGGACUCUUCAGCAACAAAACAAUCUCAGUCUUUGACCUGACUAUAAAGGAAACUAAAUAUAUAAAGAAGCCAGAAGCUCAACAGGUUGCAUCUUUUCAGUUAAAACUGUGUCAUCGCUCAGACCUCAUUCUUGAGGCAAGAGGGAGCAACAAUCUUCUGGUUGUAGAGGGAAACUAUCUGAAGGUUCUUGUGUUGAGACUCAAAACAAUGAUGAGCUGUCAUAAGCCACGUUCGCUCCACAUAAUUUCAGGAACCAAGUUCCGGAACUAUUAAAGAGGGCGGUAUUUUUUUCUCAGACCAUUUUGCAUUCUCACUGGCAUUUGGAUCUCUUAGUAAGCCGUAGGCCUACAUCAACACAGUAUUCAAAAACCAUUAAGAAACUCAAGCAAUCGUAGUUGUGUUUUUGAUGUCUGUGGAGUUUCGUGACAACUGAGAUGUAGACAUAUACACUACUGUGUAAAAGUCUUAGGCACGUCAGUAUUUUCACCCCGAUAAAUGCUUUUAAGUGAGUGAAGUACAUCAUUUGCAGUAGUGUGUCCGUAGGAAAUAUCAGUAUACAUUAGAGGUCUUCACCGGUUCAAAAAUCUGUACCUGAACCUGAAGAGACCCGUGAUUUUGCUAAACACAACUAGGGUUGCACAGUGUACCGGUGCUACGGUAGCAUCAUGAUGCUAAAGCUUCAAAACACCCGCGAUUCCUCUCUAAUUAUUGAAAUGAUAGUACCGUUGGUUAUGUUGCAUAUGCGCAUUAAUAUUCAUUUUCGAACUUACAUCUGCCUUUUUGCGGUGUUUAUCUCCCAAAUAAAUGUGUGUUUUGAAUGACUCGGAUGAGAUAAUGAUUCAAAUUAGCAUUUUGAACGAGUUUGUUAAAUGAUUCACUAACUCAGUGGAAAAUGUACGCCACCUACUGGCCGUCUUAGUUCUGCAUUUAAAGUAAGCCUAAUAUUUGUCUUUAUAAAGACUGCUGUAUCAAAGAAAUUUGUCUCGCAUUUGAAUUGGUGCCCACUUAAAAAAUGAUCUACUGUACUUAAGUAUUCACUACAGUUCACUACUAAAACUCAUAGACACUAGUGUUUUUGAGUCUUACCAUAGUCAAUAUUUAAGUAUAUUACAGUAUUUGCAUUACAAUUUAUCCAAUUACUACAGUUGAUACAACAAAAUAUUGUAGUGGAAAGUAUAAUACAGUUUACUUAAGUAAAUGAAAAAUGUUUCAUCUAAAUCUUUUUGUAUAGAUUUAAAUUAUGAACAUGGCACAGCAUCGUGAUACUACUUGGUAUCGAGAUACUUCAGCUGAUGCAGUAUCGUAAGACAUGUUUAUGGUGAAAACCCUACACAGAACCGACCCAGACUUGUUCAAUAUGUUAAAACUUCGACCGGAACCCGUACAAACCCGAUAAAUUCACUACCUGGACCCCGACACCUACCUGAAUAGUAUUUAAAGCGGGCCUAACACACAGGGUUUCUGAAAAUCUCAUAUUAAUCUUGAGAACCUAUAGAGUAGUAUCGCAUACUUUGUGUCUUCUAAGAGUAUUAAGUUUUAUCACAUUUAUAACUCAACUCAACUUUAUUUAUAUAGCGCUUUUUACAAUUUUAAUUGUUACAAAGCAGCUGUACAUGAGAUACAUUGAAUACAAGAAAAACAACAGGCAUAUACCUGUAAAAACAAGAAAAAGGUGAAAACAACAAAAGACAGACAUACAAAUGCUCCACACACACAAUAUGCAUACAUACUUACACAAAUUGACAUAGACGCACACAGCAAACGCACUCGCACACAUGCACAGUGAAAGCACACAUAGGAGAGAGAACCACAGGUCAAAUAUUAAACGGACUAUAAAUUCUUGUAUGCAAUAUUAAUUACGUCUAACUUCUAAAUUCUAAAGCAGCCCCUCCGGCCAGGCAAAUAGUGCAAAACAAUAUGCAGACGGUGGUGAGGAACCCAAAACUCCAAUCGAGAAAAAAAACCUCAGGCCCAGGCCCAACCAGGGGAUUCCAGUUCCCCUCUGGCAAAAAGCUGCUGUCUCUGCACAAGCUCAACAGUGCUUGCAAAACAAGGCUAAAUAAAA